GUUUUUCUUAAACCUGAGGUUCUUCUCUUGUCCUGUUAGCUAGCUAACCCCUAAGCCAUUCAGUGGCUUAAAGUAUACCAGUAUGUGUCUGUGAGACUUUCAUGUGACUCAGCGAUAUGAACAAAUGCCAACUAGGAUGUAAAAGCAAACAGCACUUCCAGGUUGAGCUGAUUAGCUUGGAAUACGUAGAAACAUGAGGUGGGGCUGUGUGCCGUAAACAGAAACAGACCGCCUCACACAGGUAGGUGUGUUAAAUAUUAAUAUGAAAAUAAAUCGGCCCUAAAAUACAUAUUUAAACAAUCAGUCUUGAGGUGAAUGGAAAUAGUAAAUGUUCUGAUUAAUACCAAAGUACUGUCAGCAUGUAGGUAAAAUUCUUCACAAAUUAGAGUGGCAAAUACGUUGGUUUUUUGUGUUUUAAAGGAUAAUGCAUAUAAAAAAAACCCCCCUCUUGAUCAUUGAAGGCAGCCACCAACUAACUGAUAAAUAAAGUUUAAAAAAAAAUUGCCUCCCAUAUUAGUUUAGCUAAUAUGCAAACUGAGCUUUUUUUUUUUUUUUAAACAUACAGUUACUGAGGGAAACUGUUAAACAACCAGUACGAGUGACUUUACUGCAAGACUUGGAGUUUGUUGUUGGAUUGCCAGUGUAGUCGGUAGGAGGAACCCACCGCCGUUCCCAGGCCUGGAAAUGUCUGCUCCCCCUCAGGCCUGAACACAAGCAGCAACACAUAAAGCUGCAGUCAUGUGGAAAAGAUAAGACACUUUAUUGAGUAUCCAGUUCUUGAUUACGUAAUAUUUAUUAUUGAUUUUAUCUGUGGAAAAUAUUUAAAAGAAUUAACCAGUUAAUGGACAUGCCAACAGUCUCCUUUUUUUGUAAAACCUAUAAACUUCUUAUAGAUUGUUAGAAAGCUUAGACUCUUAGGAUUUCAGUGAAAUAUGCCAAUCAAGGCUGUAAUCAACUGUUGACACAAUUUAGUUCGUCCACAACAAGUCUGCUGCUCAAAGCCUUCAGUUUUCUUCAGAUGCGUGUUUCUAACGUUUUCAUUGAUUUUUCUUAGCUUGCUUUUUUUUUUUUUUUUUUUUUUUUUAGCUCUUUUUGGAAAUCAUGCAAGAAAUAUAGCAAAUGUUUUAAUUUAAGAAAUAUUUUUCUUGCUGAGAGUCUUCACCCGGCGUAGUUGAACUUACUCCACCGGUCCGUAGCAUCACUCUAAGGAAGAUGGCUCCCCUCCUCACUUUAAUGUUUGAGAUGUUUCUUGCGUCUGUUAUCUUAAAACUGGACUUUGACUAGACCAGAGCUUGCUUUUUUUUUUUUUUUUUUUUUUGUAAUUUUAGCCUGUCUUUGAUGGAGUUCCUGGUAUGUUCAUCUUAAUCUUUUUUACUGCUAGUCCAAUAAUAAUAAUGGGUUCUAUGAUUGCUUUCCCAAACCAUGACACUUCCACUUCCGUACUUUAUAGCUGCCGUGAGGUUCUUUUGGUUUGAGUCAAGCAUCUGAAGAACAUCAUUCCAGACGUUCUGGUCUUUUUUUGCUCUCUCAACUCCAAUCACUGGUCUUUUCUUUUGUACCUGGUUCUGUCCCAGUCAGGCCAGUCAUUCUGGUUGCUUAACUGGUUUUUCUCAGUGAGACACUCUGUAUGUUUAAAAUGUUGCUUCAAACACAAAUGCUAAACAUCAGGAAAGCAAUUGCUAAAAUACUCUUGUUAAAUGCAGCCUGAUCUCUCAACCAAUCGCUCGACGCCGUUUUAGCGAAAACAUAUCUAAUAACGUUCUUUUCCCUCCCCAGCUUCGUAUUUGGUUGGAUUUUUAUCACAGAAGCUUAUGUUUUGUAUUUCAGACCAUUUCCCUCUUGAACAUUUACCUUCAUAACCUUCAAAACUGCCCAGUCCGCUGAUGGUUUCCACUGUGCCGUGAGCGAUGUGGAAAUGCAGGAACAUUACGACGAGUUCUUUGAGGAGGUGUUCACAGAGAUGGAGGAGAAGUAUGGAGAGGUGGAGGAGAUGAAUGUCUGUGAUAACCUCGGUGACCACCUUGUGGGCAACGUCUAUGUGAAGUUUCGUCGUGAGGAGGACGCAGAGAAAGCAGUCAUGGACCUGAACAACCGCUGGUUCAACGCCCAGCCCAUCCACGCAGAGCUGUCCCCGGUUACCGACUUCAGAGAAGCCUGCUGCCGCCAGUAUGAAAUGGGGGAAUGCACCCGAGGAGGAUUCUGCAACUUCAUGCAUCUGAAGCCCAUAUCACGGGAACUCCGCAGGGAGCUCUACGGCCGCCGCAGGAAAAAGCACCGCUCUCGCUCCCGCUCCCGAGAACGGCGCUCCCGCUCCAAAGAUCGACGGCGGGGCGAUCGCGAGAAGCGGAAGUCCAGGGACCGGGAGCGGUCCGGGAGGUUCUGAAAGAGGCCGAGACUGAUGCAUUGAAUCCCCUACUUCCUAACCCCAGCAAUGUUUUUGUUUGUUUGUUUUUUUUUUUUUUUUCUUUCUGUUUUUGUUUCUGUGAAUUGUUGAAAUUGUUAUGUUCUUUUAUUCACUUUUUUUAAAAGACAAGCUCGUGUCGCUUUCUCAAUAAAACAGAUUUGUAACUGCA